UUCUGGUAAAUUGAUUUCACGUGUAUACAGGCUGAAUUGCCAAAUGAGAUAAAAUUAGCAGUGAAGAAGAUUUCUCCUCAUUCAAAGCAACAAGGAAAAGAUGAAUUACAAAGGGAAAUCUUCAACCUCAAAUCUUUGUAUCAUGAGAAUCUUGUUCAAUUGUUGGAUGGCUAUUCUAAUAAAGACUUGCAUCUGCUAGUAUAUGAUUAUAUGCAUAAAGGCUCCCUUCACCAUGCGUUGUUUGAACCAAAUUCCACGACAAAACUUGAUUGGAGAGCUAGAUUUGAUAUCUGUCUGGGAAUAGCAAGAGGUUUGAGGUAUUUACAUGAAGAGAAAAGGUUCAAGAUUGUUCAUGGAAACAUAAAACCUAGUAAUAUUAUGCUUGAUAACUCUCUUACGGCCAAGUUGUCUGACUUUGGAUUGGCAACGCUUUGUGAUGAGGAAGAUCCAUUUAUGGCCAUCAAAGCAAAAGGGUCGCGAGUUUACAUGGCACCUGAGUAUUCAAUGGGAAAAGCAAUAACUGUUAAAGCUGAUGUUUACAGUUUCGGAGUUGUCCUACUCGAAAUAGUUAGCGGGAAAGUUAGUGCAGAUUACACACCAAACCAAGAAGCUGAGUUUCUUCUGGAUAAAGCUAGUGUUUUGUACGAUAAAGGAAGGAUCCUUGAAUUGGUUGACAAGAAAUUGGCAUCCAGUUACGACAGAAAGCAGGCUCUGACUGUCUUGCUCUUAGCAAUGAAGUGUGUUAAUCUGUCUCCUCCUCUCAGGCCUAAAAUGUCCGAAGUCGUCAGUGUACUUAUAGGUGAUGCUCCAUCAGCAAAUAUUGUCCUUCCAGGGUGUUGGAAGUAGAACCACUUUCUUAGC